AUGCAGCUCGGAGACCCAGGCGCACCGACAAAGAAGGCUCGUGCGAGGGGCUGCGUCUUUGGUGAGGAGGAUGAGCUCUCUGCUACAUGCACAACGUGGAUUCCAUGCCAUCACCAGGACAUGAUGCAUGGAAACAAGAGCCACCACACCCAGAACAAGUACAACAACAGCAUUUCAUUUCCUUAUGACUCCUCCGUUCCAUCCCACAUUACGCCUCUAGAUGAGGUCGGGGAUUCCAUCGACCUCGCCGAGCAUCUGUCGCACCUUGUCGUUGUGGCAUCCCCGACACAGAAACGGCUCGUUUUUUCCAACGUCCUCGAUGACUGUGGCAAUACUGGGAGGGGUGAUGCCCGCGUUGGCGGUAGCCGCACGACUCCGUGCAGUGGCCGGGGAAUGCAGCUUCUGCAGCGGAGCAAGCGAUUCCUCGAGGAGGUGGACUCCAACCGCGACGCGGCCUCUGCCUGUUCCCUACCGGGUGCAAUGACACCUGAUGUGCACCGAAAAUGCCGCCGUGUGGACACAGGCGAAGAUGAAAAGAGUAAUAGCAACGGCAGCAGCACUGCGCGUUUGAUUGGUGGCUCUUGUGGGGGUGUGGUACAUUGA